AACAGAUCAGUCAGAGCAGGUGCCAGAACAGAUACAAGGCUAAUACACAACUUCAAGCAAUUUUGCCCAUAUUGGAUAUUAAUUACGGUUAAUGUAAUCCAAUUAUUUGCGCAAGAAUCGGCACUACAUAUCAUCAGCAUUUUAUUAUAUCCAGAAUGGAAGGAAAAGCUUUUAUCUUCAUGUACAUUUUAAUCAUUAGUUCGCAAACUGCUACAGGACCUACCAUGACAAUGGCACAGACAACAGGUCCUUUCCACACUUCUGCAACCCCCACUUCAAAGGCAGGAGGACCUACCACGACACCAAAACAGACAACAGUUUCAGCCCACAAUUCCGCGGCCCUGACUUCCAAAAACACUGGACCUACCAUUACACCGGAACGGACAACAGUUCCAACCCACAAUUCCGCGGUCCUCACUUCCAAGACCGCAGGACCUACCACAUCACCGGAACGAACAACAGUUCCAGCUCAUAUUUCCGCUACCCUCACUUCCAAGGCCCCAGGCCCUACCACAACACCGGAACGAACAACAGUUCCAGCCCACAAUUCCGCAGUCCUCACUUCCAAGGCUGCAGGACCUACCACUACACCAGAACGGACAACAGUUCCAGCCCACAAUUCCGCGGCCCUCACUUCCAAGGCCGCAGGACCUACCACGACACCGGAACGGACAACAGUUCCCGCCCACAUUUCUGCGACCCUCACUUCCAAGGCCGCAGGACCUACCACGACACCGGAACGAACAACAGUUCCAGCCCACAAUUCUGCGGUCCUCACUUCCAAGGCCGCAGGACCAACCAUGACACCGGAACGAACAACAGUUCCAGCCCACAAUUCCGCGGUCCUCACUUCCAAGACCGCAGGACCUACCACGACACCAGAACGAACAACAGUUCCACCUCACAUUUCCACGACCCUCACUUCCAAGGCGGCAGGACCUACCACGACACCCGAACGGACAACAGUUCCAGCUCACAUUUCUGCGACCCUUACUUCCAAAGCCGCAGGACCUACCACUACACUGGAACGGACAACAGUUCCAGCCCACAAUUCCGCUGUGCUCACUUCCAAGGCCACAGGACCUACCACGACACCGGAACGGACAACAGUUUCAGCUCACAUUUCUGCGACCCUCACUUCCAAGGCCACAGGACCUACCACGACACCGGAACAAACAACAGUUCCAGCCCACAAUUCCGCUGUCCUCACUUCCAAGGCCACAGGACCUACCACAACACCGGAACGGACAACAGUUCCAGCUCACAUUUCUGCGACCCUCACUUCCAAGGCCACAGGACCAACCACGACACUGGAACGAACAACAGUUCCCGCCCACAAUUCCGCAGUACUCACUUCCAAGGCCACAGGACCUACCACGACACCAGAACGGACAACAGUUCCAGCUCACAUUUCUGCGACCCUCACUUCCAAGGCCACAGGACCUACCAUGACACCGGAACGAACAACAGUUCCAGCUCACAUUUCUGCGACCCUCACUUCCAAGGCCACAGGACCUACCACGACACCAGAACAAACAACAGUUCCAGCCCAUAAUUCCGUAGUCCUCACUUCCAAGGCCGCAGGAACUACCACGACACCGGAACGGACAACAGUUCCAGCCCACAAUUCCGCGGUACUCACUUCCAAGGCCGCAGGACCUACCACAACACCGGAACGGACAACAGUUCCAGCCCACAUUUCUGUGACCCUCACUUCCAAGGCCACAGGACCUACCACGACACCAGAACGGACAACAGUUCCAGCUCAUAAUUCCGCAGUCCUCACUUCCAAGGCCACAGGACCUACCACGACACCGGAACGGACAACAGAUCCAGCUCAUAAUUCCGCAGUCCUCACUUCCAAAGCCACAGGACCUACCACGACACCGGAACGGACAACAGUUCCAGCUCACAUUUCUGCCACCCUCACUUCCAAGGCCACAGGACCUACCAUGACACCAGAACGUACAACAGUUCCAGCCCAUAAUUCCGCAGUCCUCACUUCCAAGGCGGCAGGACUUACCACUACACCGGAACGGACAACUGUUCCAGCCCACAAUUCUGCGGUCCUUACUUCCAAGGCCACAGGACCUACCACGACACCGGAACGGACAACAGUUUCAGCUCACAUUUCUGUGACCCUCACUUCCAAGGCCGCAGGACCUUCCACGACACCGGAACGAACAACAAUUCCAGCCCACAAUUCCGCAGUCCUCACUUCCAAGGCCCCAGGACCUACCACGACACCGGAACGGACAACAUUUCCAGCCCACAAUUCCGCAGUCCUCACUUCCAAGGCCCCAGGACCUACCAUGACACCGGAACGGACAACAUUUUCGGCCCACAAUUCCGCGGUCCUCACUUCCAAGGCCUCAUUACCUACCACGACACCGGAACGGACAACAGUUCCAGCUCACAUUUCCACGACCCUCACUUCCAAGGCCGCAGGAACUACCACGACACCGACACGGACACCGGGACAAACAGGAGCUCUUGUAACCACAGCGGUGCCACAAACAACAGCAACAACUGACAAAAAAACUAUUUCCUCCUUAUCAACUGUUAGUGCAGGCACAACAUUCGCUAAAGUACCUAUUACUCCUGCAGCAGCUGAGGUACUGACAAAACUUGUGUUUAGCUCCUCUGACACAUUUACAAACGACCUCCUAGAUAAAAGCUCUCCUGGCUUUAAAGCAAGAGAAAAGCUUGUGAAGGAUAAGCUUGAACCAAUUUUCAGCAAGAAGUAUCCUGCCUUCAAUGGACUUACUGUCGAGAGCUUCAGGGCUGGGUCAAUUAUCACUUCAACCCAACUAGCUUUCAACUACACACAAGGGCUCCCAACCACUGAAGACAUAAAAAAUUAUCUUGUGAAUGCAGUGGAAACAGGAAAUGUAAAUGAACUGAACAUAACUCCCAACUCAAUUGUAGUCAACAAUACAGGUAUAACAGCAACAACAGCUCGCCGAACAGCCAUUACCUCCGCAUCAACUGUUAAAGCAAUCACAAAUUCUACCAAAGCUAAAGUACUUACAACUACUGCAGCAGCAGCUGUGGUACUGACAAAUCUUGUCUUUAGCUCCUCUGACACAUUUACAAACGACCUCCUUAUUCAAACAUCUCCUGGGUUUAAGGCAAGAGAAAAGCUUGUGAAGGAUGAGCUUGAACCAAUCUACAAAAAAAAGUAUCCUGCCUUCUUGAGACUGAAUGUCGAGAGCUUUAGGGCUGGGUCAGUUAUUACUUCAACAAAACUAGCAUUCAACUACGGACAAGAGCUCCCAACCCCUGAAGACAUAAAAAAUGAUCUUGUGAAAGCAGUGGAAACAGGAGUCGUCAAUCAACUGAACAUAAUUCCCAACUCAGUUUCUGUCAACAAUACAGGUACAGCUACGACUGUAACAACCACUGCAAGUGCACACAAGAUUGAAUUCAGUCUUCUCCAAGCAACAUUCCUCCUUAUUAUGUCAACAAUAUUAAGAUUUUUCCUUUAGAUUUAUUAAAUCUGGUUUAAUAAAUUAAACUAACAACAAGUUUAAUUGCAAUUUAUAUUGUAUUAAAUGUUGCAGCACACUCUCAAAGUAUGUUUUAUGACAAUAUACCUAUGUCUGAUAUUGCACUAUAACUUAAGAAAACAAUUCCUGAGGUAAAAAACAAAUAAAUUUAACAGCAGGCUGUUGGAAUAAUACAAGAUUUCUUAGAGUUUAGGCUUUCCUUUGGAAAGAAAAAGUAGAUCUUUUUUCUCAGUAUUGUAGAUUUUCUCAUGAAAGCAGUUGUUUGUUCAUUCAACUGUCAGAAGAUUAUAUACUUUUUGUCAUUUUGUUUUUGUUCUGUCUACUAUGUGCUAACGUUGCAAGAUUUUAUAUUUUUACUUUAAUCCAAUAAAGAUAUUUAUCAAG